AUGCUUCUUGCUGCUUCCCCACACUCGCAGCCGGAUGCCUAUGACGCACUUUCCACCGCGUCCGCCCUACACACUCCCCAGCAACUUGCACAGCUCGAAGCUGUGGCGCGCGCACAGGCGCGAGAGACACCAGAGUCGAGUUUAGUAUCUGAUGAUGAAAAGUAUCUCGCCGCACAGCUGGUGUACCUUGCCUCGCAAUACCACGGAUCGGAGUAUAAUCGUCAAAAAGCAAACGUACCGCAAGGGUUGUACAUACCGCUUUCUAUUCAGUUGCCUACGCAUAUCGCAGAACUUAGGACGCGUCAAGCAACGUCAGCUGAGAGACAGGCUUGGUUCGUUGGAGAGGGUGAUGAGCUUACCGAGGAUAUGGAUGUGCCCAAGGAAGAGGAUAAUGACAGCACUGCAAGCAAACCCGAAGACGAAGGUUCCAGGUCCCCCAAAGUGGUUCCUGGUCAACCACAAGCGAUUGGUACCCAGACCGAGACUGUUCAUUUCGAGCAAACACCACCUUCAUAUCCGCGUCGACCCUCUUACUUCCAGCCCGAAAUAGUGCAGGUCGAUUUGCUACACGAUGCACUGGGAAAUUCUUUGUUUCCUGCAUCGACAAGAUUGCCUCACGGUGCGUUGGCAUUGCUCGGGACUCAGCCUCCUGCGUUGGACCCGGAUGUAGUGGAAACCCCGCCCCCUCUCAAGGAGACUGAUUUACCCCAAUUCCCUGAGAGAUUUGUGUUAUCUUCCCCUCGUGAUAAUAACAUGCAGCAGUUGCCUUCGACUCGCCUCGCCUCGCAGUCGCAGCCAUCCCCGUCCCAUUUUUUGCGUCCCCUCUUGCCCCUCCGUCCGGCCCCAGUCCACGUCGCGCCUUCGCCUAGUCCACAACUUCAAUUGGCCCUCGAGACGGCCAUAUCAAAGGACACACUCCCUCGUACUCCUCCAAGCUCAGCUCCGCCUUCCCCUGGGCUUGGAUCAAGGGCCCCAAGGCCACCCGUGCCCAAAACCUCAGAGUCACAUCCUAUAAACAUAUCUCAAGUUAUUCCUCCCGACCACAUUGGCGCAAUCUCUUCCCAACUUACUCCCCGAUUCCAACCGCAGGGACAAAGUUCAUCGCCCCAAGGGACAUACUUUUGCAUUAACCCAACCUACAGACUCGACCGAGUCAUAUAUGUUCUCACGGCUCGCGCUUUUGAAGCAAGGGCUGCUAUGGCAAAAUACUCCCCUGUCCCUGUCCGUGUAAAAUUUGGAGAAGGGAGCACCACUGGGCCUGCGGUAUUUGUGGGUCCUGGAGUGAAGAGUGAGCCGAAUAUCAGCAAGUCCACAACUCCUGCAUCCCCGGCACCAAAUGGAAAUAUGUUGGGCUUGGGACUUGGUCUUCAAGGAAAUGAAUCUCCAUCGCCUGCCAGUACUAGUGCUCCUGGUCUUGUACCGCCGAAUAUAAACGACGAUUCACAUCCGAGGAAUAAACUCCCAGCGCCCAUUGUAUUGCCAACUCUUCUACCCCCACCGUCGGCCGGACUUCCCCCUCCUCCCAGCCUGAAUGCAUCUAACACGAUAAUCAGCCGGCCUGUCUUAGGGAACCUAUACCUUUCCUCUUGCCCAGGGAAGAAAGUUCGGUUGAACGGGCCCACAAGUACAAAGGGUCGAGGUGCAAUUUGUCGAGACCUCAAGGCCGAUUUAGAAAGAAUUAAGCAGACAGGAGUUUUUUUGAUUGUUUGCUGCUUAGACGAUGAUGAAUUGGAGUUUCUGGGCUCUCCAUGGGAGGAAUACCAAAGAUACGCAAAGGAGGUUGGCCUGGAUGUUUUACGAUUGCCUAUGCCGGAGGGUCUGUGUCCACUUAGCGUACAAACUAUGUCAGAGCACAUGGACAAAAUAAUCCGAAGCUAUACUCUUAGGGGUAAGCAUGUCCUUGCCCAUUGUCGAGGGGGCGUUGGACGUGCCGGACUGGUUGCUUGCGUCUGGAUGUUGAAGUUGGGCAUUUGUGGUUCCAUAUCAUCGAAGCAGCAGCAAGACCCGGCAUCUGGAAUUCGGCAGAUGACAGAUUCCAGAGAACAAGUAAUACGGGAUCCAGUAACACAAGCACCUCCUGACCACCUGAUGCGCGAACGAAAGGUCCCAAGAGAUAGCAUGGAGCUCCUUGAGCGCGUAGUAUAUAUUAUUCGGAGACAACGAAGCGUGAAGGCUAUCGAGACAUACGAGCAAGUUAGGUUUUUGUUGGAGUUCAUCGAGUAUUUAAGGGAUUUGGACGCGAAAUCUGAGAUGCAGUCAACGUCUUAG